AUGGCUCCUUCUACCAAAGUCAAGAUUACGGCCAACCCGCUCUACAAGAAGUCGGGUACCAAGUCGUACCUGUACGCUAUGCGCAAGUAUCAGUUCUCCCCUACCAAGCCUGGCCCAUACUUCUUCGGCACCACGAUGCACCAGACUGGCCGUCAGUACACCGAUAAGCCGGUCGGUGGUCGGGUGCAUUCUCGUUGGGUGCUGCAGAAGACACUCGCCGAUACUGACGAGGUUGGCGAAGUCGGGGCCCAGGAUGUGCAGAACGACGCUAUGUACCUGGCGACAGUGGGUAUUGGAUCGCCGGCUCAGAACUUGAAUCUUGAUUUCGACACUGGUUCGGCGGAUCUCUGGGUCUGGUCGACCAAGCUGCCUGCGUCGACUUUGUCGGCGAACGCAAACCACAUGGUCUUUGACCCUACCAAGUCAAGCACCUACAAGCUCAAGGAGGGCUCAACCUGGAAGAUCUCCUACGGAGACGGUUCAUCUGCCUCUGGUAUUGUGGGUAAUGAUAAUGUCGACGUCGGCGGUCUUGUCAUCAAAGGCCAGGCCAUCGAGCUCGCAGACACAAUGUCAGCACAGUUCGCUAGUGGAGCUGGCGACGGUCUGCUGGGUCUUGCAUUCAGCAACAUCAACACUGUCCAGCCCAAGGCCGUGGCGACACCUGUUGAGAACAUGAUCACGCAGGAUGAUAUCCCUAAGUCUGCGUCUCUUUUCACAGCCAAGCUUGGCUCGUGGCGCGAUGCUGAUGAGCCCGACAAGGGCGAGUCUUUCUAUACAUUCGGUUUCAUUGACCAGGCCACCGUUACGGCUGCGGGUGCAGAGAUCGCCUAUACCCCUAUUGAUAACAGCCAGGGCUUCUGGAUGUUUAACUCUACCUCCGCGACUGUGAAUGGUAAAUCAAUCUCUCGCUCGGGGAACAAGGCCAUCGCCGAUACCGGUACUACUUUGGCUCUCAUCGAUGAUGAUACUUGCCAGGCUAUUUACGAUGCAAUUCCCGGUGCUAAGUAUGAUAACAACAGCCAGGGCUGGAUCUACCCCAGUAACACUACUCUUGAUAACCUUCCCGUUGUCUCCUUUGCUGUCGGUGAUACGCAAUAUGUUGUUCAGAAAGAGGAUCUUGGCUUUGCCGAGGCCAGUCCUGGAUACAUCUACGGUGGUAUCCAGAGCCGUGGCGAUAUGACCAUGGAUAUUCUGGGUGACACUUUCCUGAAGGGAAUCUAUGCUGUAUUCGAUGUCGGCAAUCUUCGCUUCGGUGCGGUUCAGCGCAAGGAACUCAACCAGAACAUAUCAGCUCCCCCUUCUUAG